AUCAUAAACUUCCGGUUCGCGUACACGCACUGAAACAUGGCGAAAGAUAAUUCUUUUGCAGAACCAUAAAAAAUCAUCAUUGACAAUGUGAUUGAAUAAGGUAUAGCAACGUUAAGUACACGUUAAUUCUUUGUUAGCUGUGGUGUAGGCAAGUGUUAUUGAUCCGAAAUUCAGACAAUAAAAAAAAUGGCAGGUGUUGGAAUGGACACAAAGAUAUACCCCUCAGAGAAAUAUGACAGGGUUCGAUUUUCUUCGGAUCAAGGGGGAGCUGGUCCAUCGGCCAUGAAUUUGAAAGAAAGAAAAAUCCAACAGGAUCGGUUUUAUGAGGUGCAAUCAGCUUUGACACUUGAGGAGGCGCGAUACUCAGAAAUGCGUAAAAAGAUCCCUGGACUUGGUCGCAUUCCUAAAGAUCGCAUUAAUACACAGAGCCAGGAUUCGGAAUUUCAGAAGAGAAAACAAGAACAUGUGGUAUUUGUUAAACAAAAUUUUCGACAAAUUGAGUGUAGCAAGUUUGUGCCAGACCCUAAAAAGCUUGGAGUGAAGAAGAUCAGGGACUUAAAAUGCCACUGUGGAGAAAUUUUGACAGAGCAUGCUGGACUUUCCAGUGCUCAACCAAUGAACAAUGUUCAAAGGGACAUUGUGGAGGCAUAUCUUAUUCCGGAGAAGUUGAGAAGCCACAUAAAUCGGGAGACCCUCUUCAAAGCUCCUCCAGAAAAUUUAGCCUCACUUUUACACUCAGUUCCCUGGAGUAAAGAGGAUGCGUUCCGGGAAAACAUCUGUACAACAUUUGGCAAAAUCAGUUUUGUGAACAAUGACAACUCCAAACCUGCUAAGUAUGUGCGACUAAGUCACAAUGACUCCGUAGACAGAUGCUUGGAACUUAUGGAGAAACACUGGAAAAUAAUGGAACCCAAACGUCCCAGCUUGUGUAUAUCUGUGAUAGGAGGGGCAAAGAGCUUCAAGCUGGACAACAAGAUGAGAGAAACUUUCAACACUGGUCUCAUUAAGGCAGCAAAGACAACAAAUGCUUGGCUGAUCACAACUGGGUCAAAUGUCGGGGUGAUGAAGGCGGUCGGGAAUGCGGUCAGCGAGGGACAGUCCUUCUUGUGGGACGACGACCGCAUCACCCACACCCUGCGUCUGAUCGGUAUAGGGCCCUGGGGAUAUGUCAAAGACAGAAAAUACCUGGAGAGUGAUGGAGAUGGCUGCUUUCCAGUUCAUUUCAAAACCAGCAACAUUAUUCAACAUGGUAAGCCUGUGCCCUUAAAUCCGAAUCACACACACUUUGUGUUUGUCGACGAUGGAUACAGGAACAAUUAUAAAGGAGCGUCGGAGUUUCGGGCAUCAUUUGAGCAGAAAGUCUCCAAACCUACAGAGGCUGGUGGGUUAGGGAUACCAGUUGUGUUGGUGAUCUUAGAGGGCGGGACUGACGCUAUCAGUGACGCCAUGGUGUCUCUCAAUCACCAUAUUCCCGUUGUCGUCUGCUCAGGAACAGGCCGGGCGGCAGACAUCCUGGCCUAUGCUUAUUCUCACACACGCAGCAAACAUCAUGAUUCUAAAACUCCCAGAAAUCGUAAAGGGGAGUUGAAGCCAAAACAUGAAGACAAACUGAUAGAGAAGAUAUUUGAUGCUUAUGGAGAAAGAUGGAAAGAAAAGGAGAUAGAAGAAAAUAUCAGAUUACAUUUGACCAACGUCAAGAAAUGUAUGGAGCACCGGGAUUUGAUCAACAUCUUCCCAAUGAACAAACAUGAAGACCUAGAUAUUGCUAUUCUUACAGCCUUACUGAAUUCCAAGGCCGGAGAGACGUCUGAUGAAAUCCGACAGAACCAGCUGAAGCUAGCUUUGACCUGGGACAGGGCUGAUAUCGCUCAGGAGGAGAUCUUCAGGGAAGAUGUGUUGUGGCCGACAGGAAGUUUGGAUGAUGUUCUGAUGGAAGCCAUCAUGGAAGAGAGAGUGGAAUUCGUUGCGUUGAUUUUAACUCAAAACGUGGUAAUGAAGGAGUUCCUUACCACACAGAAAUUACAAGAGCUUUACGACAAGUCAUUAAGUCGUAUGGACUCGCACCAUUUGAAGAAAUUGAUGCGUCGUACGAUUAAUAGUGAAGAGUUCUCGUAUGACAACUUGGCUCGCCUCAUGGAGUCUCUGAUGGAUAAAUACGACCACAAUUUUGACGAAAGCAGUAUUGUUGACACAGGGCCGGGGAAGAAGUUUUCCCCAGUGUUGACCAAUGCUCAGCAGCAUUUCAAAUUCCCUUUCAAACAGCUGAUGAUUUGGUCCAUUCUAAUGUUAAGGCAAAAGAUGGCGAUGUUCGCCUGGCAGAUGGGGAAUGAGCCAGUCACCAGUGCCGUCGCCGCCUCUAGAAUUUAUGGCAGCAUGGCGGAGCACAUCCAUCGAAACGAAUCCGCAUUGAAAGAAAAAGUGCUGACUUACAAAGAUGAGUUUGAGCACCUGGCCAGGAGCGUGUUGGACGAGUGUCACAUCAAGCACCAGGAGAAGGCCAUGAUGCUGGCGGAGAGGAAGUCUCCGUCCUGGAGUUCAAUGACCAGUCUACAGAUCGCAGCCUCCGCCGGUAACAGGGCGUACUUGUCCUCAGUGUCGUGUAAGAACUCCAUUGAUACCUCCUGGAAUCGAGGAAUUCAAUCGUCCCCUUCCAAGGUGCUGGUGACUGUAUUUUUACCUUUCUUGCUGUUCACACCCUUUCUAGAAGUCAACGCAAUGGGGGAGAAGAAAGCCAAGACUUUCCAGAAAAUCCUUACGUUUUACACUGCUCCCAUUACAAAGUUCACUCACCAUUCGAUCCUGUACAUUUUCUUUGUGGCCCUGUUUACAUACUUUUUGUUAGUGGACUACCAGUUCUAUGAAAUCACGACCAUAGAGAUUGUUUGUAUUGUGUGGAUUUUCACAUUCAUUGUGGAUGAACUUUACACAUUGCUGACUUUUCCAUCUCCAACUUUCCAUGGAAAGAUAAGAGACUGGUAUGGAAUGUUAAAGUGUGUGGACAUGCUGAAUCUACUGUUAGCACUCGUAGCAUUCUUGGUCCGGAUCAUCGACAUGGAGAAACAUGCUGAAGAAGCCAAGAUCAUUUUCUCAAUUAACUGUAUCAUCUUCUAUAUACGUAUUAUGAAGCUCUACACGGCUAACAGCAGUCUUGGACCCAAGCUUGAGAUGAUCAAAAUGAUGUUUGAUGAGCUGCGGAUGUUUCUCCUUGUGGUAAUCGUCUUUCUCCUGGCUUAUGGAGUGGCCAGCCAAUCGCUACUGUUUCGACAGAGAGAUGCAUCUUGGGAUAUCCUGAGAGACAUUGUGUUUUAUCCCUACUGGCAGCUGUAUGGAGAACUGGACUUUGAAAAUGCAGUGCAUACGGACCAAGAUUGUUUCGAGUCGCUGGGGAAUUUCAGCAGCUCAUCCAUGACAAGGAUGGCGUACAAUGUGGCCAAGAUGAAAUGCAAGAAGGAAUACUGGCUGGUCUACAUUCUGUGUGCAGGUUACCUCAUUAUGGGCAACAUCCUGCUCUUUAACCUUCUGAUUGCCAUAUUCAAUCACAUCUUCACUAAAGUGGAAGAGAAAUCCAACGAGAUCUGGAAGUUCCAGAUGUACUUCUUAACCAUGGAGUUUGACAACAAGACUGCCUUGGUUCCUCCAUUGAGUAUAAUCCCCCAUCUCUACCUGUUUUUCAAAUGGAUAGCAAGAAAAACUUGCUGCAAAAAGAGGUCUAAAGGGGUACAGUUUACUCAGCGUCACCUGGAAUUUUUGCAACUUUUUGAGAAAGAGGAAAUGGCCAACUAUCUGCGGCAUAAGAAAUCGGAACAGAAGGACUCAGCUGAGUCUAAACUUCAGAAAAGAGUUGAGGAACUCUUCAAAUUGGUGGAGGAAGAAUUAACCGCAGACCAAGGUGGCAGCUCUUUCAACCACACUCUCAUUGCCACACAAACCACCAAACUACCACGAGAGACCACAUUCGAAUCUUGUCCACUGGAGCCUAAUGGCUGGCCCAAAACAGAGGCUGUCAUUGAAUUUGCCAAGAAGUUGGAAGAAAAAGAGCAGAAGGAAGUCAUAGAGGAGGAGGUGGCAGAGGCUUUGAUGGAUGAGGAGCAAGCCAAGAAAGAGAAGAAGAAAAAGAAGAAAAAGAAACACAAGAAGCAUAAGAAAGAAACACAAGAGGAAGAGAAAAUAAACAACAUGGACGUACAAAAUAACGCAAAACCUGAAAGUGAGGCCCAGAAAAACAUUCCCGACAACGCAUGGGCAUCGCCAUUGCCUCCGACCACAACCAGGAAUCUGUCUCCGCGGUUGGCGAGUCAGGAGUCGCCAUACAAAAGUCCUUACUUACAGCGGCGCCUCACACCGCUCAAACUGCAAAACGAUUCAUCUGAAGAUUCAGAUGAUGUGGAAGACAAUGCCCAAGUAAAAACUCCGGAACCGUAUAACAUUCUCAGCACUCCAAGAAGAUCCAGAUCAAAAUUACCAGCGAGCGAUUCCGACUCGGAUGUUCCGAGGAAAUCCAGGAAAAAGAAAUCACUAACCAGGGUCGAGAGUAGCACAGAAGAUGAGCGACGAUCAAAAUCUAAAUUUUUCAAGCGAUUUAGAAGUCGACAACUAUCUGACACAGAUUAAGGCAUUACUAAGUUGUUGCAGAAAAUGUAUGUAUCAAAUUGACUUGAAGCCAGUUUUUGUGAGUGCACUUAUUUUAGGACAGCAGGGCAAUUUGAAUAAGAACUUAUUUUAAACAUGGUUAUUAAUUUUAUUGAUGUGGAACUAUUUGAUUUGAAACUCUCUGAUUUGAUAUUUUGGCCAGUGAAAAAAAAAUUUGCUGUAGAUAUUAAGCUACCUAAAGAAUCUUCAUUUGUUGGAUUUUUUUUUUAUUAGCAAAUAUAUUUUUUUUAAUAGUGGCACAAGGGUACAAAUGUAUUAGAUCAAAUGAGCUCAUAAAUAAGGUUUUUCUUCUUUUUUUUGUCAUGGAAACAAUUGCUGCAAAUUUAGCACAUGUUAUAUGCUUUCCAUUAUAAAGAUGGAAUGAAAUGAAAGUAGAAAUGUUGCAAGUGUGCUAUUUUUUAAUUUAUUUGCAAUGAAUGUCAGCGUUUUUCAGUAUGGUUCUUUAUUUGCCAUAUGAUCUGGUCACAAAUAGUUCAAGUUUAGUUUUUGUUGGGAGUCUUAAAGUACAUAGACUAUUAAAAUAUUCUUUAUAUUGUAAAGCAUUUGCUGACUACACCAACUUCACUGAAUAUUAAUUGUUUAUCUUAAAGUUUGAAAUUUCAUCAAAGCCCUUUUAAUAUGUAUUAGAUGUUAAAAAUUUUAUUACCAAAAUGGCACUGCGAUUGCUAAAUUGAAAUAAUAAAAAGUUUUUUAAAGUUUUAAAUGGAAAAAGGUUGCUUUGAAUCUUAUCAAGUUUCACAUGAAGAUUUCGCUCCCUUUGAUCAUCAUGUUUUAUCAGUGAGUGUUGGCUAUCAGACAUGUCUAGAUUCACUGUGAUUUUGACCCAAAAUCAGGACCAAGCUCUCUGUGAUAUAACGAUAUGAAUUAUGUUGUUGUAGAGUAUGUAUAAUAACACUGUAUAUGAUUAUGAUUCGAAACCUUUUUUUAGUUUCAUUUACACUAUUUAUUAACUUUUUGUCAAACUACUAGUCAUGGAGUCAAUUUUUAGUCUUGCAUAUGACACCAAUAGAAUCAACUUUGUGAAUUUGUUGUCCAUAUUGCCCAAUACUUUGACUUACUGCAAUUGUUUUCUUUAGUUUCACCUUAUCUUUUGCUUGAAUGAUGUCAUGAGAUUAUAAUAAUCAUGCGUACAGCAAAUCUGAAUUCUAGAAGUAAAUAAUGCCCAUAAUAUUGGCAACUGAAGGAUGUAAAUGCUGUUUAAAGCCUGUUUUUUUUUUCAUGUAAUGUGAAUUUUGACCUUUUGUACUUGUUGAAAAUAUGUAGUAUUAAUGACAUAAUGAACGAAUAGUAUGAUCAGUUAUUGAAUUCAUUCCAUCAAAAUUUUUCACAUUUGUUUCUAUGUUACAUUCCUCAAAGCUCCAAUCUCUUGAUGCAUGUUAUUUUUAUGAACACUGUAUUUAUAUUAUUUUAUGUUUAUGAAAUGGUUUUUUUUAGUACUUUUUCUUUUUUUUUCUAAAUUUUAUUCUGCCUUUGUUUUAUUCAAAUUUAAUCUCAGUCUUUAAUACUUUUUUUUAAUUUCAGAUUUUCACACCAAUGUAGUUUUUUUUUUUAUAAGAAAUGAAAUUUGAAAAUCAAUACUUUUUUUCAGUUUAACACCAAAAACCUUAACAUUCCAACUAUCAGUAUACACAUACAGGUCUUUUAGAAUAAAACAAGUUCCAUUGAUUCUGUUCAAUAUCGGUUCGUAAUUUUUACUUUUUUAAAAUUCCGUCCAAUUUGAUACAAUGUCUCAUCUGACAUUAUCUGCAUACUAUUUUUAUUCUCAAGACAUUUCACUCUCAUAGAGCGAUGAAUCCUCAUUGACACAGUGUCUUCUAUGACAUCAUGUAUGAUAUAUUUCUUGUUUUAUGAAGUCUGACCUUUCUUAUUUUUUAUUUUUGUAUCAAGGAAAAAUAUGCCUUUACAUGUUGCUCAUUUUAUAUUCCGCCCAAAACCUCAUUUUUACUAUUUUGAUUUAUAUUUUUAUUUAUUUAUUUGCAUGUGUUAACACAAUUUUUUUUAUUUUCCUAAUUUUCUAAUUUAUUGAUCCCUUUUAAUAUUUUUUUUUGUUAAUCCGUGUUAAUGGAUUUCAAAGCCAAAUUACAAACAGUAACUUACUGAAAUAGAUAUAUAUGUAUUGAAUAUAUGUAAUUGAUUGUGUAUUGGUCAAGCAAAGAUACUUAUGAGACACCUUGAGAUUUUACACAUGUAAUUUGGAUGGAAGUAUUACAUCAUAAACAAAUUAAAGUAGGAUAACUUUUUUUUCAAAACUGUUCAACAAUUCACGAUGCAUUAUUUUAGAAAGAGAAAUGACAAUGAAAAAAACUGUUAAAGCCUCGGAGAUUUCAAACUCAUGAGUUGCAAAUUUAAAUGAGUAGAAGACUUAAACCUUUGUAAUAUACCAUAUAAAACAUCUAGAUGAUGUAAAAAAAAACUUAAAGAUAAAUAAAUUUUUUCGUUUAGUUUGAAAGAAAGUUGUCUCAAUAUGAAGGUGUCCCACACCUUUAAAUUCAUAUUAAUUUUUUUCUUUAUAACCAAGAAAUUAGUCUGCCUAAAAAUAUUUAAUAAUUAUUACAGAUGGAUCUUACAAGUAGGGAGAUAAUGUAGUGUUUGGAAAGAAAACUUUAAUGUCCUUCUUGGUGAAGAUGUUAGUCAAUUAUUAAUAAAUGUUCACUUUUUUUAGUAAUGUGCAUAUGUACUUAUAUGAUGUUAAUUAACUGAUAUCCCCUGUAUAUGUCUGUAGAAAUAUAAUAUCUACAUUUUAUUUUAAUUUAUAUGAUUUAUUGUUGAGUAUCUUAUAUCUACAGGGAAUAAAACUUACAUGUAUCAUAUAAAAUGCAAAUCAUAUCAUGAUGCUAUGUAUGAUGGUAUUGUUUAAUUAGUAUUGAUGGUUUCUGCUGAUCCUAUGAUUUUGUUAACAUCAAAAUAUUUGUAUUAAGAAUAAAAUUAAAACAAAAUCUUUAA